AUGCUACCCACCCCCUCCACCUCCCACAUCACCAGCUACGAACCAGCCGAGGACUCGUACCUCCUCCUCGACACGCUCUCCUCCGCCAGCGAAACCAGCUGGCUCCAAACCCACUUCGCGCGCACCACGCGCACGCCACUCCUCCUCGUCGAACCCGGCACCGGCUCCGGCGUGAUCCUCGCCUUCCUCAGCGCGCACGCCACCACCAUCUUCCGCCGCGCCGACAUUCUCUCCCUGGGGAUCGACAUCAACGCGCACGCCUGCACCGCAACCACGCAGACCGUCUCCACCGCCGUGACCGCGCACAACUCCGCCGCGCUCUAUCUCGGCGCCCUCUGCGCGGAUCUCACCUCCCCCGUGUUAGAGGGGAGCGUGGAUCUGUUGGUCUUCAACCCGCCGUAUGUGCCUACUGCUUCACUGCCUGCUCUACCUACCCCUCUGGAUAAGGUAAGUGAUGGGUUCGAGUCAGAGUCGCAUCUCCUCUCCCUCUCGUACGCGGGCGGGAAGGAUGGGAUGGAGACUACGACUCGGCUUCUCGAUGCGCUGCCGCGGGUGUUGAGUGAGAGGGGGGUGGCGUAUGUGCUGCUCUGUGCGCAGAAUAGGCCGGAGGAGGUCAUGGGGUUUGUGCGGGAGGGGUUGGGGUUGAGGGUGCAGAGUGUGGGGUGGAGUGGGAAGGUGGCCGGGUGGGAGAAAUUGACCGUGCUUAGGAUUUGGAGAUGA